GAAUAGUCCAGGACUAAAAUGUGGGUUUAAUGUUUUUUAUUUGUGCUUAUUUCCUAAUUUAACCUUGCUCAGCCUCCAUCCUCCGCAUAGCGGAGCCCGGAGAGGUGGUGUUUAUCACUUCUGUUACAUCAUCGUCACUCGCACUUCUAUCAAUCCAUGCUGAAUUUAACUUUUUCAUAAAUCCCAACUACUUAACAACUUUUCAAUCACUCUCCUUUGUUCUCUUCUUCUUCUGCUCCAGCAAUUUCACCUACACAGCAACAAACAACAAGGUAAUAAAUUGAAUUUCACUCUCCUUUACGCCUUUUUCAAUUUCUUAAAAUCAUUUUGUAAUUCAUCUUCAAUUGCUUUUCAAAUGUUUACUACUCAUCGCCGUACAACCCUUCUCUAUCUCAAGACCUUAACUUUCUCACCAUCCCCCAAAAACCCAUUACCAUUUUCUCACUAUUUUUCCACCAACACUUCAGAUUCAACCUUUUUUGCCGUCUCUUACCUCAUCAACAAUUUUGGCUUUUCCCCACAAUUUGCUUCCAAACUUUCCUCCACUUACAAUGUUCAUUUCAAAACUGCCCGAAAACCUGAUUCAGUUCUCAACUUCUUUAGAAACCAUGGUUUCUCUGAUUCCCAAAUACGCACUGUCAUUGCAAAGGAACCACGGUUGCUUUCAUGCGAUCCCUUGAAAAGGGUUCUGCCAAAGUUUCAAUUUUUUCUCUCCAAAGGUGCUUCUAACUCUGACAUUGUUAACAUUGUUAGUAAGAACCCUAUGUUCCUUACUGCAAGCUUGGACAAGAAAAUAGUUCCGACUUAUGAAUUGGUUUAUAAAUACUUGCAAUCUGACAAACACAUUCUUGCUUUGUUGAAUUGCAAUCCAACUUUCUUUGGAAGAAGUAGCGUGGAACAUAACAUCAGAUUGUUGAUUCAGAGUGGAGUUACAGACAUAAAUAUUGCAAGAUUGCUUCGGAACAAUAUUAAGUUUUUCAUGACAGGCAACUUGCCUGAGUUGGUGAAGGAAUUAAAGGAUUUGGGGUUUCAUCCGUCACAAUCAAUUUUCUCAGUAGCAUUGAUUGCCAAAACAUAUUUAUCCAAAAGCCGAUGGAAUGAAAAAGUUGAUGUCUUUAAGAAAUGGGGAUGGUCUGAUGAAGAUGUCCGUGAAGCAUUUAAAAAGCAACCUCAAUGUAUGUUAACAUCCAUUGAUAAAAUAAACUCAGUGAUGAACUUUUGGGUCAAUCAGUUAGGUUGGGAUGCUUUGGCCAUUGCCAAAACACCAAGGGUUUUGGGGGCCAGUUUGGAGCGAAGGAUCAUACCAAGAGCCUCCGUUGUGGAAUAUCUUCUGAAGAGAGGUUUGCAUAAAAAGGAAGCAAGUUUAACUUCUCCGUUUAUAGUCAUUGAUAAGACAUUCUAUGACAUGUAUAUAAAUCGUUUUAAGGAGGAGUCUUCUUACCUAUUAAAGCUUUACGAAGAAAAUUUGAAUCUUGCACAAACCAAGGAAAAAACUGGCAUGAUAUGAUUGAAUUCUCAGGUUGACACAAUUUCCUCAGGAAGGCUUGUGAUUUAGAAGUAAUUCUAUUGAUUUCUAAAUACUUUUCCUUUGGUUUUAUUAACAUCGAUGUUUCAAGGGAAGAUUUUAUGUAGUUUCUGUUACUGAUGUACAAUGAGAUUCAACAUUUUUGUUGUCUUGAACCAAUAAGGUUCAUUGUUUUGUUUCAUUUUUCCAUUUAGAAGAAUAUCUUAUCCACCUCUUAGAUGUACUUUUUCUCUUUUCUGUUUAGGAGAAUAUCUUAGCCACCUCUUAGAAAUUUUCGCAGCUACUGGGUUAGAUCACAUUUUUUACUCUGUAUGUGAAGAGGAGUGGUGUAUUCUUUUUACAGACCAAAGCUGCUGUGUGCUUGACAUUCUGCCAAAAGAGUAUCGGCAUCAUCUACUUUCAUUUUGAAGUUGAAUGAAAAGUUCAAAAUGGCUUAGAAGUGAACAACUAUGAAUUUUUAUUAUGACCGGCUUGUGCCGCCUGGUAGAGUUCACGGAUUUUCGUAUCUGAUUGAAUGUAAAUUGAAUUGUUGUGUCUGACUGAAAACUGCCAAAAGUUUAAAAGAAUCAUCAGAUGUUUCAAAGAUUUGAAUCGUA